AUCUACGUGGCAGAGGAGGGAGGCGAGGAAAGAACAAGGUUGGGAGAGGUUAUCGCGAAAUUAGUGCCUUCAGGUUUUGAGAAUGAGUGUUGCUUUUAAACAUCAGUCGAUUGGAAGAGUGAACGGGAGGAUGCUUCUUGAGCUGGGAUUGGUGCUGUGUACAGUGCUAACAGCCACAGAUUCAGCCAACGUUGUUAUCAACCCCAAAGAUUUAGAGAUUGGCAGAGGUGCUGAAUUUGUUAUCAGUUGUCAAUACAGUCUGACCGAUUCAGAUAUGAAUACUCGUAUCAUCGAAUGGCAUAAACUCUCAGAUAUUCCAAAUGAAGGACCGGCUGAUGUAGUCCAGUACUUUGGUGGAAUAUAUACAGUUGGAGAAAAGUAUAAGGGGAGAGUAAAUUUCACAGGAAACGCUAAGAAGGACGAUUGCUCAAUCAAGAUUGUGAAUGCAUUUACCACAGACAGUGGAACCUAUGAGGUUGAAGUUAAAUCUCCUUUGGGAGGCAGCGGGAAAGGCAGAUUUAAAGUGACUGUACUGGUCCCUCCAUCUCCACCGGUUUGUGCAAUUGAAGGAAAAACUGAAUAUGGACAAACUGUUAAACUGACCUGUCACUCUGCUGAAGGAUCUCCAAAACCAAUAUAUUCUUGGAAGAGUUUCAAUGUAAAGAAUCAGCCAAGACAGUUACCCCAAAUGUCUUCUCAGGAACCAGGUGAAUUAAUGCUAAAAAACCUUUCAGCUGAAACAUCUGGCUUCUUCAUAUGCACCUCAAAAAAUAAAAUCAAAGAAGUCUCCUGUAACAUAACCUUAGCAGUAAUGCCUCCUUCAAUGAACCUUGGCUUUUAUGGUGGAAUUAUUGGAGGUGCAAUUGCUUUCAUCGUAAUCCUUGGUAUCAUUAUUUACUGUUGCUGUUGCCGUGAUGAAAAAGCACCUGAAGAUUAUGAAAUGGGGGAUCCACACCACCAGGCAGAAUAUGCAGAGGGUGAAGAAGAUGAAGAAUUACCAGAACGGAAUUCUGCAAGGCGUGACCAUAGAGGAGCCUACUAUGAUGAAGUUCCUGAUGAGAAUGAAGGGGAAAACUCUCCCCGUCCUACUGUAAGAGCUCCACUGGCACCUCCCAAUAAACCUAAAUAUAUCCCAGAGAAUCAUGAUGUGUAAUAAAAGCAGUUUCCUAAAAGUAGCUUUAGUUUAAUGGAUAAAACUGGCCUUAAAAUUUCAAAAUAUAAUAUUAAACGAUUGGAACAGUUUAAAACAAUAAGAGUAUACAUACAAGAUUUUCUUUAAAAAGAAAGCUGCUUUUUCUGGAGUUGUCAAUUUUCAAGUAUGUCUUUAGAUUUUAGUUAUGCCCUGAAAAGGGCAGUCUUAAGUAUCAUUUUCAUCAUUUCAAUUUAGCAGUUUUGUGGGUUGGUUAGUUUAGUUGGUUGCAGUGCAAAGUGACCACAACAGCGCAGGUUCGGUAUGAAGUCCUGCCUUCUGUCUUCAGGUUAAACUCACUAUUAUUCAUCUCUCUCUAACAAAAGUUCCUCUGGGACAAUGGCAACUUCACUUUUAAGAUUUGUUACUUUUAAUUUUGUCCUUUUUUUAAAAAAACAAAAAAGGAGGGAUGUAAUUUGUUUAAAGUUAUUCCUAAAUGUGGGCUAUUGAAUACUUUUUCUUGCAAGAUGUCAAUUACGGCCUAGAUAAUUGAUAUCCUUUAAAUUUUAGCUUUUUAAAACUGAUAAUUAUCUUGGUGUUUGCUCACCCCCCCCCACCACACCACUGCCAUCCCCACACUUUUAUGGGGAUGGGUAGUCUCCUUUUGGAGCUAGAUAUCUCAACCCCAACUCCGGUUGGAAUUGAUGGCUAAGUAGGUUGCAUUUACAAUGUGGCCAAACAGGUUGACGAAAUAAGUGUAAAUCCUUCCAAUACAGGGGUUGGGGUGGAGUAAAGAUCUGCCACCUUGUCCAGCCUGUAGGUUGUGGCACUGUGGGCUAGACCUGCCUUCAGGCAGAGAAUUCAAAAGAAGAUGGGAAACUUAGCCUUCAGAGAAACACUAGUUUAAUUUAUUAAGUGAAAUUAAAGUAAAGUAAGCUCAGAGAUUUGAUAGAAUUUCAGAAUGGAAUAAAUAAAGGGAAACCACUUCCAGUGCUAAAGAGUUGAUGAGCACUAGUCUUAGAUUUAAGGUGAUUGGCAUGAGAACCAGAGGUAGUGUGGGGAAUCACAUUCCAGAUGACAAUUUGGUACAGUAACCAUUCAGACAUUAGUAGACAGUAAUCUAUGACAGAGAUUUGUUUCUAAAUGUCAUGCAUUUUGAUUUACUAAAUUACUCCACAAAAGAACUGGCAUAGAUUUGAAGGUCUGCAUUUCUCCCAUUUGUGGCAGAAUCCAUGUACUCUUAAACAUUAAGUAAUUAAUAUUAUCUCAAAAGUAACAGGGUGCCUGUUUAACUAACUAAAAAAACUUGAGUUAGCUUUUAAAUCAUUAUUUUUCUGUAAUUAACCAUAGAGAUUUUGUUCAUGGCUAUUGUAAACUACCACUUAAUACUUAAGACAGCUAUGCUAAAAGGCAACAAAAGUUCAUCUCAAAUUCCAGGCUCAGUUCCUGAAAAUGUGUCAAAUCUUAAUUUUUCUAUUCCUGAGCUAAUCCUUUCUGUAAAGUGAAGGAAGGGAAAAAAACAAUGCUGUCAUGAUGUUUCUGGUUUCUUAUGCCAUCAUGUUCCAAAGGCUCAGUUGGUUAAAAUAUGGCCUGUAGCUUAAAGAUGAUAUGGUCUAGAAAAUAGAUCUGAAUGAAUCAGUAAAAUGGACAACCUAUAUUACCUGAUCCCUAUUCCCACAUUUUUCCUUUUUAAAAAAAAAUCAAAUGUCUUUGAAAUUGUAUUUUCAAACAGGUGUACAUAAAUGAUGAUUCAAUAUCACUAUUGAUUUCCAAGCAAAAAAUCUUUGUCAUUAACUGUUUCUGCAUAUGUUUAAAAAUCAUCUUGGAUUUUUAGCCAAACAUUAAAUAUGGAGCUCCCAUGAUGAUACUUAAAGUCUGGUGAGGACUGUCUGCUUAGCUUUCUUACGUUGUAAUUCACAAGUGAUAUUAAGCCAGUCACAAACAUGAAAGGCAGUUUCCAACUGACCUUCUGUUUCUAUUUAGCUUUUCUUUUUGGAAGGAAAAGUAAAUUAUUUUGAUUCACUCGUCAAGUUUUAUGUUUAUUCAUGGUUGGUACUACAUGAAAAUGUUUCUGAUAAAUUUAUUGUCGAUUUUAGUGUUGACAUUCUGAAGUAUCUUGUUCUAAAUAACACUUUUAAAAGCUGCUAAAGGAAGUUAUAUGAAAGUCUGUCUGUUAAAAAGUUUGAAAAGGAAACAUCUUCACAUAUGGCUACCUGGCUUCACAAUCUGUUGUGAUCUCUUAAGAAAUUGCUAUAAAAUUCCUGAGACAUUUCUUUUAAAAAAUGCUUUCUUGCUAGGUACUGCAGAAAUUUAAACCCGUUUGUGCUUUUGUGCUUACUCCUGAAUGUUGAUCAAAAAUGUUAUCUUCGUCACUGAAUAAGGAAAUGAAAAGGGAUUUGAGGAAACCUGUUAUUGUUAACCAUGUAUAGUUGAGUUAGAAGUGGAUAAUUUAAAAUUGCCAUUCUUAACUGUCAUACUUGCACAUAACCAUUUGGGGGUGCAGUAACAAUAUCUGUUUUCUCCUGGGUUGGUAACGCACUGCACAAUUUUAUAAAAAUUCAAAUUUCAGUGUUAAGUGUGAAAUCAUACAAACAUCCAAUGAUGAAUGUGAAAUGUAAAAAAAAAGGCAAUUCACAUUGAUCACUUGUGCCAAUAGGACAGCUAAUGUUCAAAAGUAGUUUCACAUUUUUAAUUGUUUUAUAAAAUUGUGUUUUUUUUAUACAAAAGUUUUUCUUUUUCCCUAAUUUUACUGAAUGCAUUAUAUAAAAAUCUUAAAUUUA